AUGAAUAACUACUUCAAAAAGACCUACGAUAUGAAGCAGGCUGAGUCUUAUGAGCCUGGAGAAAUGCUCAGGCCUGUCGAGUCGGUGGCUCACGGCGCAUUUGUCCAGUCUCAGCAGCCUCAACGGCGACUAAACAACAGACAGAUCCAACUCAUUGCAAUCGGUGUAGCCUUGAUUUAUACUGAUUCUCCUUUCGAUUCAAGCGGAUCAAUCGGUACGGGACUCUUCAUUAGUAUCGGCAGUGGCCUGCACUCAUCAGGACCCGCGGGCCUUCUCCUUGCUUCCAUCUUCUACUGCUUCUUUGUUGGUUUAGUAAACAAUGGAAUGGCUGAGAUGAUGACCCAACAUCCCGUUGCUGGGGGUUUCAUUUCCCUCGCUGGCCACUUUGUGGAUGACGCCUUUGGCUUCGCCGCGGGAUGGAACUUCUUCAUUUACGAAGCCCUUGUCAUCCCAUUCGAGAUUAGUGCCAUGGCCAUUGUAGUGCAAUAUUGGAGUGACGACAUUCUCAUUUGGACUAUGUGUCUAGCAUGUAAUAUUUUCUAUACACUCAUCAACUGCUUGGUCGUCAACGCUGGCAAGGUCAUCCUUGUCUUGCCUCUGUUCUUUUUCACGUUCAUCACCAUGGUCGGUGGAAAUCCUCACAUCGUCAAUGCUCUGCUUGUUACAUCAAUCUUCUCCGCUGGCAAUACAUACGUUUAUUGCGCCUUACGAAGUUUAUACUGUCUGGCGCUUGAAGGCCGGGCACCUGCGCUGUUUAAGACCUGUACUAAACAGAGUGUACCGAUCUACGCUCUUGCCUUGACCAUGGCAUUUGCAUGCCUUGGAUUCCUUCAGCAAAGGUACAAUGUAACGAGAGCAUAA